GCUGAUGAGAAACACCAGCAGCAGUGCAGCAUGUGUUCAAGCUGGAGCAGGAGGAGUACAUGAGGGAGCAGAUCCCUUGGACUCUGAUCGACUUCUACGAUAAUCAGCCCUGCAUCAACCUCAUAGAAGCUAAGAUGGGCAUCCUGGACCUGCUGGACGAGGAGUGCAAGAUGCCCAAAGGUACAGAUGAUUCUUGGGCUCAGAAACUGUACAACACACACCUGAAGACCUGCUCCCUCUUUGAGAAGCCACGCAUGUCCAACCGCGCCUUCAUCAUUGAACAUUUUGCUGACAAGGUGGAGUACCAGUGUGACGCUUUCCUGGAGAAGAACAAGGACACGGUAAACCAAGAUCAGGUCAAUGUGCUGAAGGCCAGCAAGGUGAGGAGUAAAGGCACACUUCUACAUUAUAUAUAUUCAUAA